AUACGCUGAUGAUUGCGAAACAUGUGGAAAUAGGAGGCCGCCAUAUUUAUCAGACUUGAAGAAGCCGGUGUGUCUCCACUGUGUAUUUCUCGAAUUUUACAGACAUUAAACAAUGUCGAAAACACAAGAUAAGUUAACUCGUAUUGCUAUUGUCAGCAAUGACAAAUGUAAACCUAAAAGAUGUAGACAGGAGUGCAAGAAGUCCUGUCCUGUUGUACGAAUGGGAAAGUUGUGUAUUGAAGUGAGCCCUACAGACAAGAUUGCUUUUAUAUCUGAAGAACUGUGUAUUGGUUGUGGUAUAUGUGCCAAGAAAUGUCCUUUUGAAGCAAUUACAAUCAUCAACUUGCCCAGUAAUCUUGAGAGAGAUACUACACACAGAUACAGUGCAAACUCCUUCAAACUACACAGAUUACCCACCCCUCGACCAGGAGAAGUUUUAGGACUGGUAGGAACCAAUGGUAUUGGUAAAUCAACAGCUCUGAAAAUUUUGGCUGGAAAACAGAAACCUAAUUUGGGAAGAUUUGAUGAUCCACCAGAUUGGACAGAGAUAUUAACCUAUUUCAGAGGAUCUGAAUUACAAAAUUUCUUCACAAAGAUCUUGGAAGAUGAUCUGAAAGCCAUCAUCAAACCUCAAUAUGUGGACCAAAUUCCUAAAGCUGUCAAAGGAUCAGUUCAAGCAUUACUGGACAAGAAAGAUGAUUUGAAAAACCAAAUAGAAGUCUGUAAACAAAUGGAUUUGAUGCAUGUACGAGAUAGAAAUGUAGAAGAUUUAUCUGGAGGAGAAUUACAGAGAUUUGCCUGUGCAAUGGUGUGUAUACAGAAAGCUGACAUAUUUAUGUUUGAUGAACCCUCUAGUUAUUUAGAUGUGAAACAGAGACUGAAAGCUGCCUUGGCAAUCCGGGAGCUGAUUCAUGCUGACAAAUAUAUAAUCGUAGUAGAACAUGACUUGUCAGUACUAGACUAUCUAUCAGACUUUAUAUGUGUUUUAUAUGGAAUUCCUGGUGCCUAUGGUGUAGUUACUAUGCCCUUCAGUGUACGAGAAGGUAUCAAUAUAUUUUUGGAUGGAUUUGUGCCAACAGAGAAUUUGAGAUUCCGAGAAACUUCAUUGACAUUCAAAGUGGCAGAAACAGCUAUGGAAGAAGAAAUAAAAAGAAUGUGCAGAUAUGAAUACCCUAAUCAGAAAAAAUUCUUAGGAAAUUUCACACUCUCUGUAAAAACAGGCCAGUUCACAGAUUCAGAAAUUAUUGUUAUGUUGGGAGAGAAUGGAACAGGAAAGACGACAUUCAUCAGAAUGCUGGCAGGAAAAUUAGCCCCAGAUGAAGGAGGCUCCUGUCCUGUGUUAAAUGUGAGUUAUAAACCCCAGAAGAUCAGUCCAAAGUCUCAAGGAACAGUGCGACAGUUAUUACAUGAUAGGAUCCGUGAUGCCUACAUCCACCCUCAGUUUGUUACUGAUGUGAUGAAACCCAUGAUGAUGGAAGCAAUCAUUGACCAAGAGGUUCAGAAUUUAUCUGGAGGAGAGUUGCAGAGAGUGGCCUUAGUACUCUGUCUAGGUAAACCAGCUGAUGUAUACCUGAUUGACGAACCUUCAGCUUACCUGGACUCAGAACAGCGUUUACAUGCUGCCAAGGUCAUCAAGAGAUUUAUUCUUCAUGCCAAGAAAACAGCCUUUGUGGUAGAGCAUGAUUUCAUCAUGGCUACCUACCUAGCUGACAGAGUUGUGGUGUUUGAAGGGAACCCAGGCAUAGAUACCAUUGCAAACUCACCAUCAUCUUUGCUAAAUGGAAUGAACAAGUUUUUGAGGUCUUUGGAGAUUACCUUCAGAAGAGAUCCCAACAAUUUCAGACCAAGAAUCAACAAACGUCACUCAGUCAAGGACUCAGAACAGAAGAAGACUGGGAACUUUUUCUUCCUUGAGGACUGAAAUUGUUUUAACAACAAUACAAAUAAUUCUUCCUGCAUGGGCUGUCCGCGGCAAACUGGUGGUGUUACGACAAGACCAAUUAGAGCAUGAAGCAAACUUUGACCUCUAUGCAUGUUAUUGAGCUAUAUAUAGAAGACCUUUUGCCGCUCAAGGGAAAAAUAGCUGUCAAUUAUCAAUUUGUAUAUGAUCAUGUGAUAGAUUUAAAAUAAUGAGAAAUCUGAAAUUAUUUUUGUUGGGAUAUGUAUUGUGUAAAUGAUGAUAUGAAUUUUGAAUCAAGGGCAUUUGCUUUUAAUAGCAGAAUUUAUCAUGUCUCAUGAAUCAUAGGUUGUAAAUGCAAUUAGGCUUUUUGUAAUCUUAACCAAAUGUUGUAUUACUUGUAAUUGUAGUUUUUACAACCUGUUUGAACUGUCUAACUGACCCUUGUGUAAUUUUAAUACUGAAAUAUAUUUUGAGCAUGUGUCUCUGAUUUAUGGAAUUCUAAAGAAAAUUGACCAUCAACCUUGAUAUUUAGUAUUGUGGAAAUCUUCAGUUUAUUAUUUGAAUAAGAUAUUUUGCAAGUGCUAAUUAAAGGCAUUAAAAUUGAUAACUUUUUAACUGGGGUCAGCCAUAUUUUAUCAGCAUUACCACAUGUGUACACUUUUUGUCAGGUUUUGACACAUUUUCCAUUUCCAUUCUCAAUUUUCAUCAUUUUUAUGUUUUUUUAAAAUGUCUCAAGUAUGAAUUUUAUGAUUUUUGAAACUUUUGUUUAAUAUGUAGUUACAAAGUUUAUUAGUUAAAGACUAGCAUUAUUACUACAAUUCUUAAAUAUUUAGAUAUUAGACUCAUUUCCAAAAAAAUAUUUCAAAAGUCAAUGAAGAAAGAUAUGUAACUGCAUUAAAAACACAAAUUCAACAAGCAAGAAGACUCAACUUCAUGCUAGCAUUUGUGAUUUGAUAGCAGAAUGUCCAAUUUUCAAACUGCAUAGAAAUCUUUUUGGCCUUUCUUGCAUAGAUUAAUAAUACAGACUAUUGAUAAGUUUGUUCUCUGUACACUUGUGAGUAAUAUGGAUAAUUAUGAAUGACCUUUCAGUUCCAUUUUGAUAUCAUUGUAAGUGGUGUUGACAGCUAUUUUGACUACUGUGAUAGAAGGCUGGACAGGAUUGUAAAUCUGUUGCAGGAUAAAUUGUUUUAUUUUUAUACAUUGUUAAUUAUUUAUUUGCAUUUUUAAAACUUAACAGUAUCAUGUUGGUUCCUAAAAUGUUAAGAUUUCAUAGAAACUUGGUGAAAAGAUUGUCUCUUUUUUAUUAAGAUGAUUAAUUCCAUAAAUUAGUGGAAGAAAUAUUUUCCUGUGAAAAAUCUUUUUUUUAAGACAUUUGGCAAAAUAUCUUUGAAAUAGUUUUCAUGAAAGUUAAGGCAAAUAGUUUAUUUAUUAUAUCACAUUCAAAUAUUUAAAAGUUCAAUACCAAAAGAAAAAUAAAAACUUUACAAGCUGAAAGCUAUUGAAUGUAUUCUGUUAUUAGUCAAAACCAAGUGCUAAUCUGAAGAAUGAUCUUUGACAUUCUUGUUUAAAUUGUAAAAGAAUAUGACAUGAUUUUAUAUGUUCUUUGCAUGUCUUUGUUCAUAAGGUGCUAUUUAAAAGUUUGUACUAAAUAUUAUCAGUUAAUGUAUUCUAUCUUAUUAAGGUUAUUAAACUGGUUUUAUGGUCAAGUUUAAUAAUUGAGCUAAUUUAUACUUAUCUGAGCAAUAAAUAUUUCAUCUGGAAGGUUUCAACAUAUUUGAAAAACUACUGAAGUUAUUUGUCAGAAUUGUUCACAACUGAAAACUGGUAUAAUGUAAUUAUAAAAAAGAAGAUGUGAUAUGAUUGCCAAUGAGACAACUCUCCACAACCAUUUGUUUAAAUAGUUGAGAUUUACACAUAUUUCUAUUUGAAUAAAAUCUGUAGAUUAAAUAUAUUAUGGAAAUUAAAUGUGGCAAACAAUCUAUUUCUUCCAUAUUUUCAAUAGUAUCAAACACAAGGGAUAAAAAAAACAGAUUCAAAGAGUGAAUAUAUGUAUUUACCAUGAUUGAAAUAGUUUUUGUAAAUAUUUAAAACAAAACAAGUAUUUAGUACCCAGGGCUUCAAUUUUAGAAAUAUACAGGAAAUAUUGUUUUUUCCUUCACAAUUGACAUUAUUUAAUAUACAAUUUAAAAGAAUGAGAGAAAAUCAAAUCAUUAAAUGAUUUUGUCUCCUUUAAUAACUAGAGAUUCAUUGUUUUAAACAUGAUGUCUUUGUUCUGUUAAACUUUGAAUUUGAAUCAUUGACAGGUUGGUUCAAUAACAAUAAAUGACAGUUGUAUUUA